UUGUCGGUGUCAACGAUUUGAAAAUUAUAUAAAAUGAGACUUUGGUUACAUGUAGCACUGCUUUGCAUAUAUUUAACGAAAUAUGCAAUUGAAACAGCUAGUAUUGUUAGAGAUGCUUCAACCGAAGACAGCCAAAGAGUCAGACGAUCUGAAGUAAAAGAUCCUCCUAUUCAUGUUGAUCCAAAACAGCCUACCAAUCCACCAGCUUUGUUGCGUAAAAUUCGAUCUGGCGGUGAUGAUUCUCCUCAAGCUUAUCCUCCUAAGUAUGAAGAACUACCAGCUUUGACGCGCGAAAAGCGAUCUGACGGUGAUGAUUCUCCUCAUGUUGAUCCUAUAAAGUCCGAAGACCCUCCAGCUUUGUUCCGUGAAAAGCGAUCUAGUGGUGGUGAUUCUUCCGUACACAUUGAUCCUUUUAAGUCUGAAAGCCUACCAGAUUUGGGUAAAAAGGGUUAAUUCAAAGAACAAUUAUUCUUUAUUUUUUAUAUGAAAA